AUGAAUUUCUUUUAGCUUUUUAUAUUUUUAAAUUGCUUAAUUGAAUUUCUACUUUGCUACGAUUCUCGCCUUUACGAUAAAUCACUCCCAGUGUUUGAACCAUUUCCAAAAGCUGUGAUUGAUCCAACUAUUCCUUGUAAGAAUGGCUCAUCAGAUGUAAUGACUACUUUUAGAAACAGCUAAAGAAAUUUACUCGCCGUCAGCAUGCAGAAAUGCGGCUUUGGAAUCUAUGAUGUGACAAAUGUUUAAGUAGGUGUUUAACUUGUAAAUUUCUACCCCUACUCAUCAAAAAAAGGGUAAGUUCUCUCUCUAAGUAUUACAGACUCAAAUAAAUACCUUUGGGUUAGUUAUAAUUCAGGGUUUCUUGAUAUCUAAGAUGUAUCUUAAUCAUAAUUUCCAAUAGUUUUAACACAGAAUAUUACAUUUAAAGAUUAAUAAGACUAUGUUAUGAAUGUUAUUUAUUUUUAACAAUUUAACUUAACAUUUUUAACAUGCAUUAAUAACUUCAAACUGAUUUCAUUGACUAAUGACAAUAUUAGUAUUAUCUAAACAGUUGAAGUAAAUGAUUUUAACAUCUUUGAUAUUUAAUUUGCAUUGUAGAAUACAAUUCUUUGUGUUCAAAGCUAUAGCUUAAUAAACUUCUACUAAUAAAGUAUUGAAGAUUUAAAGAAAGGUAAAUUCAAUAAUAUUUGCUCAUACUCACCAGGCCAAGGUUCUACUUUGAGUUCAUUCUAGGUAAUUCAUGAAAAUAUACUAGUAAUAUAGAUAUAAUAUAUCUAAUACAUCAUGGUUGAUAUUUAAGGUUACAUUAAUUCUUACGAUGGAGUUACAUGCGAUCCAAGUAAAAUAGUACAACUUGAUACAUAUCCUUCAAGUCCAUUAGGAAAUAAAUUUGCUCUUUCAAUUGAUUAGAAUUUCUUGUAUACUUAAUUGAGUUCGAUAGGGGUAGUGGUAUUUGAUAUCAGAUAAAAAAUGUUUGAGCCCUUUUAAAUUAUUUAGACUGGUGGAACUUGUGCAGAUUUAAAGCUAAGUGAUGAUGGAAAUUACAUAUUUUAUUCUAACUGGUUCAAUGUACAAAUUUUUUUAAAAACUACUCCAAACUUAAACUUAGAUGUACCUAACCUCCUAUUGAAUAACUAUUAGCUUGUUAGCAAUUCAUUCUUUAAGCCUCCUGGUGGUAGUUUUGAUAACUAAAUGUAUUUUUAGACGCCUGAAAAUAAUUUGUAUGUUUCAAGGUACAGUUAUGGAAGUGCAUUUUUCUAAUAUAAAGGAAAUGGAAUACUGUAAUUAGAAUCAUAGUUAAACAGUAAUGAUCCAAACAUUUCUGUAUCCUUUUAAACUAGAGUUCCAAAUACUAGUAUAUUCUAUCAAAGUUUAGAGUCAUAAGGUUUCUAAAUAGUGGAUUGCAAAGAUAUAAAUGCCCCGAAGAUAGUAAAGACAGGCAUUACUCUUGGCUAAUCUAAUUACAGGUUUGAGCAAAUAGCUUUCAAUUAAAAAGGAAAUUUAGGUUUUGUUGCUAAUGUAUUGAAUGUAAUUAUUAUCGACACAAGUGACCCAUUGAAUCCUAAAGUAAUUUCAGUAAUAAAUACUUCAGUCUACUUAUAAGGUGAUUCAAGCCUUUACACUCUUGGACUUUCUAUAGAUGAAAAAACUUUAAUAUUGAAUCCUUAAAGCUAUGGUAUUGCUUUUGCAGACAUCUAAGAUCCGUCUAACCCUUACUUGUUUUACAAGCUAAAUCUUGGAAUUACAUAUUCAUUUACAUUAUCAUCAGAUGGAAAAUAUAUUUUUUUCAGUGUUAGUUUUUAAGGUGUCUAUAUUUAUAGCUUUAAUUCUGAUAGAAGUAUCACAUUUGUUUCGAAAUUUUCAACUAGAGGAGUUGCUGGUUAGGCAAUACUACUAAAUAAAGAUAACUACCUAAUUGUUUCGACUGAAGAGAUAGAUUCAUUAAUUUUAGUGAGUGUUGUUGACAAAUCGAAUCCAGUAAUUUUGCAAAUUCUUUCCCUUCCUGAUAAUGACCCUACUUGUUGGAUGGUUGCUGCACCAGAUUACUCUUAUAUAUUUGCUUUAUCUUAGCUGGCAUUGUAUUAAUGCUUUCUCUAAAGUCCAAUAAUUUUCCACUCUUCUAUUUAUAAACUGAAAAAAAUAUCAAAUUCAAAUUUAUACUAAAAAUAAUUAAUACCUACUUAAUAUUACUUUAACAAUGUUUUACUAGAAUUACCUAGUUGGAUAUAGUUUUCUCCAUAAAACUAAGUUUUAAGUAUAUAAACGUCCAACGAAUCUUUGGUGGCAGAUAGCAAUGGAAUGUAUUAAAGUAAAUCUCUUUAAUAGGUAGUGUUUUUAUGCUACUAACAGUUAGAUGACUCAGCCUUUGUUAACUAAUUUCUUAACAUUAAUUAAGAUGAUUCUGUGAAAAUUAAAUAAAUAUGUAUAAAUGUUGGAUAUUUAGAUUCGGCUGGUUAUGUAUCUGCUUAUUACUCCCCUUAAAAUGCAUUUUAAUUCUUAGACUCUAAUUCUCUGAACGUGCUUUAGAAGUGGAACUAAACACCAGGCUAAUUAAGUUAGGUUUUAAGUUUUAUAUAAAUAACUUUAAAUCAGAAUAUAAUUAACUAUACAAUUUAAUUUUAUACACAAACAUCCCUCAUAGUAGAUUUAUCUAAUUCUGUGAGCCCAAUAUCUUCAAAUCAGAAUUCUAUAAUUGUAACAAUAAACACAUCAUAAGGAAAGUUUGUUAAUAAACUUUAUUCAGGAAUACUUGUUCUCAUUAACUCUGAAUAAAAUACUAUACAGCUUCAAGGUUCUGUGAUUAAUGUUAAUCAAGCUUUGGAGUAAACAAUUAAAUUGUCGUUAAGUAACACACAAAGUGUAAACUAAACUGAAAUUGAAAUAAUCGUGAAUGAUCAAAUUAACUACAAUUAUGUUUAAAAUCUAUCAUUAUAAAAAUCUAAAUUUAUUUCUUUGCAGUCUUUAGUUUUACUACAAAACAGUCUACAAAAUGAUUUUAAUAAUUAGUUUCCAUAAGGUUAAAUAGCUGUUUAAAGUCCAUUAAGUUAUAGAGUUAGUGAUCAAGUUUUCUAAUGUCUAGACUCUCCUCAACUAACCUACACUGCAAAGAUAAAACAGAGUAAUGGAUAAUAUUAAAAUAUUCCAACAGGUUACUGGCUCUCUUUUUAAUCAAAUGAAAGAACUCUUGUAGGAACUCCCUCAACAAACUUAUUUUAUUAAAGCGAGACUAUUUUAAUUGAAGCAACAGAUGGAUACUCAGUUGCAUCUGAUGAAUUUACAAUGACCAUUACAAUAAUCCCAUUUUAUUUGGUGAUAUAAAUUAUUAUUUAAAUCCUAGGGCCCCUAUUAGGAAUUUUAGGGAUCUGGAAGUACAGAACAGUAUUUUACAACCUAGUAUUUAGAUACUUCUUGACAUACACUAAGGAAGUAGCAUAUUAAUAGGAAUAUUUUGAAAAAAAGAUAUUUAUAAGUGGAAACACUUUAAAUAUUGCAAUUUAAUUAUGGAAAGAAAUUUAAAAUCAGAUAAAACCAAAGUACAUAUAGUAAUAAAUAAAUUAAGUCUUUAACAAAUAAAAUAUAUCAUUGCUUCAAAUUAAUAUAUUUAACGAAUAAGUUAAUUAAAAGGCAGAUAAUUCUUUAUAAGAAGAGAUGAAAAAAUCAAUUUAUCCAUUAGGUAUUCUAUAAGCAGAUGAUGAGGGUUAUGAAUAAAUUUUAUCCCCAUAAAAUGAUGAAAACUUAACUAAGUUAGGAGAUUUACAGCUCUCUGUAUUUUCUUAAGAAAAUAUCAUCAAACAAACAUCCAAUAAAAAUUAAAGCUAGAAUAGAUCACCGAGAAAUCUUAAGUAAUCUAGAUUAAGGGCACAAUCUGUGUAAAAUAAAAACUAUCAGUAAAAGAUCACCUAAAAUUUAUGCAAAAUUCUAAAUAGUAAAAGCAUAUAAUAAAGUUAAUUAAAUCAAAAUCAAAAUUCGCUAAAUCUAAAUUUUUCACUUUUUGAAAGUUCUGGCUAAAUAAAUUUUAAAUAUAUUUAAGAGUUAAUAAUUUAGCAAUAGUAAACUGCGAAUCCUGCAAGAAAAAUACUAACAAAAGAAUUGUAAAAAGAACUAGAAAAUCAUAAUUCUUUGCUUUCGACUAUGAUUAAAGGACUUGCAGCUGAAUAUUUUGUUGAAAAUUACCCAAUAGUAAAGAGAAUUGUAAUCUUACUUUAAGAAAAGGCCCUUCUCUUAUUCAAAAAAAUAGAUUGGUAUAGAGCAUAUGUAGGUUUUAAAUAGGCUUAGUAAGACUAAGAGGAUUACUAAGCUUAAUAUCAAUUAAAGUAUAAAUGCAUAAAGCUUGCAUUUAAAGAGAUAACAGAAGAUAUGAAAAAAGAAACUCAUCCUUAAAACCAAAGAAAUAAUAAUUAAGAACUACUAAAGAUUGGAUUAAGUACAUUUGAUUUAUCUAUUUAUUUACCUCUUAUUGAAUAGCAUUUAUUUGCUAUCGCACUAGGGGUUACAAUUUAGAAAAGAAAGUUCUUUUAAGUAUCUUAUGGCGAUUCCUUUCACUGCAAUUCUUACCAAAUACGUGCUAUAAAGUUCUAUGAAAAAGGUAUUUUGUGCCGCUUCUGCGUAAAGGCAUAAUAAUUUCUUGGAAUAGACUAAGUAGAAAAAGGGCUCUCUGAAAAUGAAAAACUACCUGAAUGGAUGUAAAUUAAUUAUUAGAAGUCAUAUAUUUAAAUAAAAGGUAAACCAGACUAAAAAAGUGUGGGAUAGUAUAGGAUUAAAAUAUAUGACUUAAAUGGCUAUCUAUUAAGGUAAUUUGAUAUUUAAAUUCUCCCAAACCAGCAAUUAACAAAUAGGCUAAUAACGAAAUCACCAGAAAUAGAAUCUUAGCAAUAUAUAAUAGAUACACCAAAAAAUUAAAAAUUUACUUAAUUCAAUAGAAGUAACUUCAUAUUAAGUGCCAUAUAAACCCAUAAAACUAAAAGUGAUGAAGUGUUAGAAGAAGAAGCAGAUAAUAUUAAAACAAGCAAAAUAAAAAACAUUAUGAAUAAAUCAAAUAGUAAAAAUAUUGAUGAAUAAAACUUUUUUACAAAUUAAUGA